ACACAUUAUUUGAUUUCCUUCCCUCCCCUUCCGUCUCUCCCCCUUCUCGCUGCCGCCUUCCCUCUCCGCGAGCCGCCUCGCCGCCCGGGUCGCCGACGCCAGCGCCCCGCCCGCCGCGGAGCAGAAGACGCCGGCCGUCCCCGACCCUACGCCGCGCGCGGCGCCGCUCACCCCCCCGAGACAGUCAAUAUGUCACUGGAUGUUACUCAAAUACUCUUGAGUGCACAAUCUGCCGAUGGCGCGAUUAGGAAGCAUGCUGAAGAAAGCCUCAAGCAGUUUCAGGAACAAAACCUCCCAGGUUUCUUGUUCUCCCUCUCAAGUGAGUUGGCCAGUGAUGAGAAACCUGAGGAGAGCCGUAGGUUGGCUGGUUUGAUCCUGAAGAAUGCACUCGAUGCAAAGGAGGAGCACAGGAAGAGUGAACUUUUUCAGAGAUGGCUGGCACUGGAUGCUGGUGUCAAGGCGCAAAUUAAAGCAUUGCUGCUGCAAACUCUCUCGUCUCCUGUUGCAAAUGCCAGAUCUACCUCUUCUCAAGUUAUCGCGAAGGUUGCUGGUAUUGAGAUCCCUCAGAAGCAAUGGCCUGAGCUUAUAGUAUCACUACUCUCAAGCAUACAUCAGGUGCAACCAAAUGUCAAGCAGGCUACGCUUGAGACACUUGGCUACUUAUGUGAGGAAGUUUCUCCGGAAGCUGUUGACCAAGACCAAGUCAAUAAGAUACUGACUGCCGUUGUUCAGGGUAUGAAUGCUUCUGAAGGAAACUCUGAGGUGAGGCUUGCAGCCACACGAGCAUUGUAUAAUGCGUUGGGAUUUGCUCAGGUUAACUUCUCCAAUGACAUGGAGCGUGAUUAUAUCAUGAGGGUUGUUUGUGAAGCAACCCAGUCACCAGAGGUGAAGAUAAGACAGGCUGCUUUUGAGUGUUUGGUGGCCAUUUCAUCCACUUACUAUGAUAAGCUGGCCACAUACAUGCAGGACAUAUUUAACAUCACUGCAAAGGCUGUAAAGGGAGAUGAGGAGUCAGUUGCACUUCAGGCCAUUGAAUUCUGGAGUUCUAUAUGUGAUGAGGAAAUUGAUAUUCUGGACGAGUACAGUAGCGAGUUUACAGCUGACUCUGAUGUUCCUUGCUACUAUUUUAUCAAGCAGGCUCUACCGGCCUUAGUGCCAAUGCUGCUGGAGACUCUUCUCAAGCAGGAGGAAGACCAAGACUUGGAUGAAGGUGCUUGGAAUCUUGCAAUGGCUGGGGGAACUUGUCUGGGCCUGGUGGCAAGGACUGUUGGGGAUGAUAUUGUUCCUCUUGUGAUGCCUUUUGUUGAGGAGAACAUAACGAAGCCUGAAUGGAGGCAAAGGGAGGCCGCAACAUAUGCAUUUGGAUCCAUUUUGGAGGGCCCAUCCGCUGAUAAACUUGCACCCCUUGUUAAUGUCGCAUUGAAUUUUAUGCUGUCAGCAUUGAUAAAGGACCCAAAUAACCAUGUCAAGGACACGACUGCUUGGACCCUUGGAAGAAUAUUCGAGUUUCUUCAUGGUUCUGCACUUGAAACUCCUCCCAUCAUUACAGCUGAGAACUGCCAGCAAAUACUUACUGUGCUACUUCAAAGCAUGAAGGAUGUCCCAAAUGUGGCAGAAAAGGCUUGUGGGGCACUCUAUUUCCUUGCUCAAGGCUAUGUGGAUGCUGGAUCUGCAUCACCUUUAUCUCCUUUCUUUCAAGAUAUUGUUCAGAACCUUCUUAUGACCACUCACAGGGAGGAUGCUGGAGAAUCCAGGCUGCGUACUGCAGCUUAUGAGACUCUAAAUGAAGUUGUCAGGUGCUCAACUGAGGAGACAGCUCCUAUUGUUAUGCAGUUGGUACCUGUGAUCAUGAUGGAACUCCAUCAGACACUUGAGGCGGAAAAGUUGUCAACUGAUGAGAGGGAGAAGCGGAGCGAUCUGCAGGGCCUUCUUUGUGGUUGCUUGCAGGUCAUUAUCCAGAAGUUGGGAGGAAUGGAGUCAACAAAAUUUUCGUUUUUACAGUAUGCAGAUCAGAUGAUGGACCUCUUUUUGAGAGUUUUUGCUUGUAGAAAUGCCACUGUGCAUGAGGAGGCUAUGCUUGCUAUUGGUGCAUUAGCAUAUGCAGCCGGUUCAAACUUUGCAAAGUACAUGGCACAGUUUUAUCAGUAUUUGGAAAUGGGUCUUCAGAACUUUGAAGAGUAUCAGGUCUGUGCCAUUACUGUGGGUGUUGUAGGUGACUUGUGCAGGGCACUGGAGGACAAAAUUUUGCCCUACUGUGAUGGCAUCAUGACCCAGCUCCUGAAGGAUCUAUCCAGCAAUCAGUUGCACAGAUCUGUAAAACCACCUAUAUUCUCCUGUUUUGGUGAUAUUGCACUGGCAAUUGGGGAGAACUUUGAGAAGUAUCUAAUCUAUGCCAUGCCCAUGCUUCAAAGUGCGGCAGAUUUGUCGGCGCACGCAACUGCAGCGGAUGAUGAGAUGCUUGACUACACAAAUCAAUUGAGGAAUGGCAUCUUGGAGGCUUACUCUGGUAUUCUUCAAGGAUUUAAGAGUUCACCUAAGACACAAUUGCUGAUGCCAUAUGCUCCACAUAUUCUUCAGUUCCUUGAUGCUCUUCAUAAUGGCAAGGAUAUGGAUGAUUCUGUGAUGAAGACUGCAAUAGGUGUCUUGGGAGAUUUGGCAGACACAUUGGGUGUCCAUGCUGGUCCUUUGAUCAGUCAAUCCACCUCAAGCAAGCAAUUUUUGGAUGAGUGCUUAUCAUCAGACGAUCCCUUGGUCAAAGAAUCAGCUGACUGGGCAAAGAUUGCAGUUAGCCGUGCGGUUUCAGGUUGAUGUGACGUUGUUCUCGAGUCUGCACAUGCAUCCAUCCACAUGUUGAGUCCGGGUCUUCGGUUGCAUCAUGUCUGGGCUUGCUCUUCGGAGAAGCCCACACAUCCUCACAGCAGAGUCGGGGGGGGGGGUCCUCACUAACCCAUGCAUCAGUACAUGCGUCAGCCCAGCCUUUUCAAUUCUGCGGAAAAGAGGGUUAAGUUGGCCGCCUGCUAACUUUUCUAAAGGCAUCUGGAACCUUCAUUUCUUACUGGAGGUCUGAUGAGAUUCUAUUGUAGCUUGUCAUGCUGAUGGUUUCCUCGGCUUGGCAUGCAUGGUUGUGGUCUGGGUGCUAUCGCUUUCCUUUGCAUUCAUUGCAUGCAUCGAACAUCUGUGUCAUGGUCUACAAGGCCCGGUUGCUUAUGGAUAUAUUAAGCAAAAAGGGGGGCUCGCAUGCAUUGUCACCGGAUUAUUUUGUACUGCUCUGGGCUAAGUUCGCUGUGUCGGACGUGUCCGUCCCUAGCUGUUAGAUUGUUUGUUUCCUAGUAUUUUCCUCACGUGCAUUGUCUUGCAUUCAUUCAUGGUCUUUUUGUAAGGGUUUCUUUUGGUCAAAACUUUGACGGCAUGCCGUUGUACAAUGCCUUGCAUGCGUCGGUUUAUUUCCAGGUGUUAUUGGGGCAAUGCAGAAUUGUGCUUUUUUUUGUCAUCUAUGCUGCUGCUCCGUUUCUGCUUCUUUGAAGCUUUGCUGGUAGGGAGGAAAAAACAUUAUAGGUCCUGAGUGGUGUUUUUCGGGGGCUGUUGUCGAGUGUGAGUUGGUUACAGGAAUUGUAUUAUUCUAUGGAUCUCUGCUGCCUCCUACCCAAUGUGUCAUAUCAUUUGCUGGGCAGAUUGAAAAUAUAUGAUGAUGAAUGAUAUGGAUUUUACUUUCCUUUUAUU